GGGAGGGCAGGGAAGGGAGGGUCUGGGGCAGUUGCAGUCUGUGCUGUGAAGGGGGUGUGUGCGAGCCCAGCGUUUGCACCAGAUGGAGAUUCUCCAACCCAGGGAGAUGUGGGUCAGGCCCUGUGUCUCAUCGGAUCAGCCUCUGCUCAGUCUGCACUAACAACAGGAGUACCCCCUUCCUCAGCCCGUCUCUCCCUCCCUCCCUCUGUCCCCUCUCAGUCCUUCCUUCCCAUCUCCUUCAGCUCUCAGCCCCCCCCCCUCUCUCCAAUAGUUCCCACUCUCUGCCCCCAACCUCUCUCCCUCAUCCCCUUUCCCUCCCACAGCCACCCACCCUUUCACCAUCAGACUGCCCCAGUCUCCAUCAUCUCCCUGGCUCUCCAUCCAUGGUGCAAUGAGGUUCAGCCGUCUCAUCUGCCUCCUUGUGGUGGUAUGCGCUCCCUCCAGCUUGUCUACAGGGUUGCUGGAGGAACAGUCCCCGCUGGUGACGGUGCGUGUUAGAGAGGGCGGGUCAGCGGUCCUGGAAUGUCAGCCUCGCCAGCGGCGGGACAUCUCUGAACAGCAUCGGCAGGGCAGCGCCAAGCAGCACCGGGGCGAUGUCACCACCACCGUGGUGGAGUGGGUAUCCCGCAACCAUGUGCUCCCCGUCUUCCUCAAGCUCGGAAUACACCCUCCGCGGAUUGAUGCUGCUUAUCUGGGUCGGCUGAGGUUACAGAAGGGGGCGUCGCUGUGCGUGGAGCCCGUGAGGCGGGAGGACGAGGGCUGGUACCAGUGUCGGCUGCUCUUCCUCACAAACCCACAGGGAGAUCACAACGGCAGCUGGGUCCACCUAUCCGUCACCACCCCCCCGUCUCUCCGGAGCACCCCGCCCGCUGUGCUGGAGGUGGGACUGGGUGAGUCGGUGGUGUUGGGUGUGCCAGGUGGACGGAGUGCCGGAGCCGGUGGUGAGGUGGUCGAAGGACAGGAGAGAGAUGCCAGCAGGAGAUGCCCGGUCACCCAGGGAGCGGGUCCAGGUGAGUGGUGGGGUGCUGGAGAUCCCAUCCACAGGGGUCUGGAGCCGGGGUCUGUACACGUGUGAAGCCGCCAGUGACCAGGGGAGCAUCAAACACAGCACCAGCCUUCGCGUGAUAGGACCACCAGUCAUUUUGCAAGCGCCCCAAAACGCCACCAUCAACAUGACCCAGGACGUGGAGUUCGAGUGUGAGGCAGACGCCUAUCCCUCCAACGUUACAUACACCUGGUCAAAGCACAGGGUCAACGUUCAAUACAUCAGAGACAUGCGUCACCGAGUGUCCGUGCGGUCGGACGGGAAGCUGCUGCUGCGGGGGGCGACUGCACUGGACAGCGGCUGGUACGCCUGCACCGCCAGCAACGGGGUGGGGGAGCCGCCGCGCGAGUCGAUGCCUACCUCUCCG